AUGACCUCUGAAACUCGUAAAUCAAUACGCUCAGGCUCCUCAACCGGUGCCCCCGGCGUUCCCUCUAUCUCCAGAGACCAGCGCAACCAGUACGAUCCCGCUACUACAGGGUACAACUCUGCCACUGGAGCUGGAUACAAGAUUCCAUCAGCUAGUAGCUCCCAUCCACAUAAGAAGGGGACAGAACAUGGACAAGAACAAGAACAUUACCGUCCCAUCACGCCUACAAAGGGCUACGAUGCGCCUGCCGGAGACGAUCGUAUCAGUCACGCACCAAGUACAGCCGACCGAGUAAAAAUGGAGCGGGAAUUCGAAAAGGCACAGAAAUCUCGAUCACAUAAGAUGAGUGAACAUCUAGGUGGGGGUAUUAAUGGUGUUGCUGCUAGAAUUCAUGGCGCGGGAGAGUCGCUGCGUGGUGCGCUUAAUGCGACCGUUGAUCGGGCUUUCGGGUCGCAUGAGAGUGCUGAGUGGAAUGAGGAGAUUGCCAGACGAGGAGAACAUGAGUAUUCGGCUAAGGAGUUCUCGGAAGAGGUGCCUCGUCGUCGAGAGUAA